GGAGAACCACAUUUGCAGCUUCCACUUUUAAAGUAAGAAGCAAAUCAUAAGUUUCGCAGGCACUGAAGGAAAAUGUGUCACUAGUAUCCGGAAACAUUCGGAUUAAAACAAAGCGUUUUCUGGCAUUGUCAAAGAGGAAAAUUCAUUUCGGAAGUAACUUUUCCUUUUGGGAUUUUUUUUCGCUAAGCGAUAGUCAGAAAUAGGAUAGUUUUGCUACCUGUUGUUGACUGUUAGGAUCAAAAUGUGACCUAUCAAAAUAUUUACCAAAUAUUUGAACUUGACAAGCAGUGAAGGAAAUUAUUUUAUCUGAAGUUGAGAAAAUAGUUUGUACUUAAGUUAAUUAUUCAUUCAAACAUUUUUAGAAAAUCUAAUUUCCGAUUGCACUGAUUCAAUACAGUGCCAUACAAAACUCAUUGAACAUUUUUAAUUACGGUAGGUGAAAAUUUCAGGAGUAAAGAGUGAAAUUAUUCUGUAUUUAUACCAACAGUUUUUCAUGAUCUUAUUAUAAAUCAUUACAUCGCACGUCCGUCUUUUAUAACAGUCAAACAUAUUCAUAUUUCCAAAGGACAUCUGAGAUUUUGAAAUAAGUAUUUAAUUUAUUUAACAGAACUAAAAUGAAUAUGAAAAUUCUACUCGUCUUUGCAGUUAUUGCAUUAUUAACAACUGGAGCAUUUUCCAAAGAUAUUUCAUCGCUUGAAAUUGACGAAUCUUCUGCUCCGAAGUCCUUAUCGUCUGAGCUUAGCCCUCAUAUUGAACCAUCCGCUGCAAAGAAGGAUAACAAGACAAGUGAUUCCUUAAGUUCAACCAGCAAAAGAAUUGUCAAUCAUGCUAGAGCAUGGAAAGCACUGCACCAGACAAGCACAGUGGCACCUGUUACGACAUCGACUACAGCCAGAAGUAUGUCUGACAGUGAAAUAAUUCAUGAACGUUGGAAGUCUUUCGAGAAAUCAGUGAAAAAAAUAAUAGAAGGGCGCAUGAAGAAGGCCUUGCCGAUGUUCUUAAGGAUGGGAUCGGAUGCAAAAUUAUCAGCGGCAUGCUCCAAGAGUAUCAUGGCUCUGGUUCAAGGAGUCAGGGGAAUGAAAAACUGGGCUUUCAGAAUGUUAGAUGCCAGUGCUAAAUUACCAUCAGGCGUCCUAGACGGUACACUCAGCGACUUUGGUGAAUAUGAUCAGUGCCUGGAAGUAGUAAAAGAAGAUAACCGCAAAAAAGUACAAUUUACAGGCCAGUACUGCACUGUAGAAGCUGUUCCCCUUCUGCCGCCUGUGCCUCAUCGAGUGCAGUUUAAAACAGUUGUGUUGGACUUUGCAAAUUUUUCCCAUCCAGAUUCUGUGCUUACAGACUUCUCCAAAAAUGCAAAUAUGUUCUAUUUGAUGACACUCAGACUUGGUCUGUGUCUCCCAUCGACUUGCUCUGUCAACGAUAUUCAAGAAAUAGCAAACUUGGGUCUGAAGGACAUGCCACUGAAUGCUACUGUUGUGCGCUGCGAAGUAAAACAGCCAUUCGAGGUCACAAAUCUGCAGCUUGCUUCCAUGUGCAUCAUUGGAAUUAUAGUUGUACUGGCAAUAAUUGGCACCUAUUUAGAUACCAAAACUCCCUGGACAUAUAAUUCUUUCACAUGUGUCUCAUCUGGAUUGAUAGCAGACAGCUUGAAGAGUUUUUCGAUCAAUAAGAACUUAGAGAAGCUGUUCAAGAUCAGUCAAUCGAAAGAAAAUUUUGGGGUUCUCAAUGGCAUGCGAGUCUUGUCUAUGGUUUGGGUUGUUCUGGUGCAUACCUAUGGUUUCAGCCAUAAGCAGUCGUUCUCUCGAAUGAAAAACGCGCAAACUGCUUUGGAUGAAGUGACCUUCGGUACAAUCAUUAAUGCAUGGGUCAUUGUCGAUACAUUUUUCGUGUUAGGAGCAUUUUUAGUCGCCCAUUCUAACUUGAAAACACUGGAAAAGGAUAACGGACGGCUUAACUACCUUCGAUAUUAUGUUCAUAGGGUAUGGAGGUUAACUCCUCCUGUUGCUGGAUGUUUAGUUAUUAUGUUCCUCCUCCCUUUGCUCGGAUCGGGGCCAUUAUGGAAGGAUGUUAUUGGCCAUGAAGUCAGUAACUGUGAGAAGUACUGGUGGCAAGCACUUAUCAUUCCUAUUAACACUUGGACGCAUUUUGAUGACAUGUGUCUACUCCAUACUUGGUACAUAGCAUCGGAUCUUCAUCUGUACUUCAUAGCGCCACUAAUAUUGAUACCCCUGUACAGGUGGCCAAUAGUUGGAUUUCUUGUCAUGUUAUUUCUUACCCUCUCGUGCAUGGGUAUCAUGGCAGUUCUAACUAUUGCUAACGACUUUUAUCCAACCCUUCUAUAUUUCACACCAAAUCAAGCGUUUACGAAGCAACUAUGCGAUCUCAUGUAUUUUCGCCCUUAUCCUCACAUGGGUGCUUACUGUGUGGGACUCGCACUGGGAUAUUUUGUUUUAAAAUACAGGAAAGUGGACAUAAAACCGACUGUUCAAGUACUCGGUUGGUGCGCAGCAAUAGCCUGUAAUUUAGCAGUGCUAUAUGGUGCUUUUGAAUGGAAUCGAGGGAACCUACCAAGUCGGGUAGUUGACGUCACAUACGCCAUGUUCCACAGAACGGCUUGGGCCUUGGGAAUAGCAUGGUUGGUAUUCAUAUCAAUCACUGGAAAAGGAGGUUUAAUAAAUAGGUUUCUGUCCUGGGAACUUUUUAUACCCCUGGGUCGUCUUUCUUAUUCGGCUUAUAUUCUUCACUUCCCUGUUCUGUGGGUCAGAAAUGGUUUGCGAAGAGAACGCCUUUAUUUCCAUCAUUAUGAUAUUUUUUAUGAAUUUCUGGCCACAUUGGCACUCACUCUUUGCCUUUCCAUAACAUUCCAUCUCCUGUUCGAAGCUCCUUUCUUGAAUUUGGAAGAGGUGUGGUUCCCGAAGAACGGAAGGAAAAAUCAGAAAAAGCCACACGAAAAUGGCGCGACUAUUGUGCCAGUUGCGAAAAUGGAGAAAGGUCUGUCAUCAGCAAAUACAACAGAUGUGUUUUCGGUUCGGCUGUAAGUGCAUUACAGAAGGACAUUGUACAUAUGUAUUAAGUUUUAUUUUGUUUUAAGAAAUAAAAAUGUUUUUUAAUAUUA